AGGGACUUGGGAUUUCUCAUUCGCAUACACCUCUCUCUCUCUCUCUCUCUCUCUCUCUCUCUUUUGAAACGAAUUUUGGAGCUCCGUAAAAGAGGGAAAAGAUCGCAAACCCUAAAAAUCGACGAGAGAAACAAGGGAUUGUUGAUCUGUAAUGACGCUGUAGCCAUUUUGCUGCAUUCUGUUGCUCUGGAUUUGGUUUCUCCAGCCACCAUUUCCGAGACCAUUGGUUUGAGCAUUUUCUUUUGUUGUUCAAGUUCAUCAUGGUAGCAACUGCUGCUACAUCCGCAUUUUAUCCUGUUCCUUCUUCAUCUCCCGACUCUGGAGCAAAGAACACCAAAAUUCGAGGUGGCUCUGGGAAUCUGGGGGGAAUCAAGUCAAAAUCUGUAUCUUCUGGAUGUCUUCAGGUGAAGACGAAUGCCCAAGCUCCUACCCAAGUAAAUGGAAGCUCAGUGAAACCUGUGGGUGGUGUCAGGGCUGGAGAUGACCUCCCAUCAUCGCACCCCCGAACUUUUAUCAACCAGCUGCCUGACUGGAGCAUGCUUCUUGCGGCUAUUACAACCAUCUUUUUAGCAGCUGAGAAGCAAUGGAUGAUGCUUGACUGGAAACCUAGGCGGCCUGACAUGCUUAUGGACCCAUUUGGUUUGGGAAGGAUUGUACAGGAUGGUCUUGUGUUUACCCAGAACUUCUCUAUUAGAUCUUAUGAAAUAGGUGCCGAUCGUACAGCUUCUAUAGAGACAUUAAUGAAUCAUUUACAGGAAACUGCCCUUAAUCAUGUUAAAACUGCUGGCCUACUUGGUGAUGGAUUUGGCUCAACGCCAGAAAUGUGCAAAAAGAACCUGAUAUGGGUAGUUACCAAGAUGCAGAUUAUGGUAGACCGUUACCCUACUUGGGGUGAUACUGUUCAAGUGGACACUUGGGUUAGUGCUUCUGGAAAGAAUGGCAUGCGCCGUGAUUGGCUGGUGUAUGAUUGCAAAACUGGUGACACUUUAACAAGAGCUUCUAGUGUUUGGGUCAUGAUGAAUAAAGAGACGAGAAAAUUGUCAAAGAUUCCUGAGGAAGUGAGGAGUGAAAUAGAGCCACACUUUACGGAUUCUUCUCCUGUUAUUAAUGAUGACAGGAGACUUUCAAAACUUGAUGGUGACACAGCUGAUUAUGUUCAAAGGGGUUUGACUCCUAAAUGGAGUGAUUUAGAUGUCAACCAGCAUGUUAAUAAUGUGAAGUACAUUGGCUGGAUUCUUGAGAGUGCCCCGCCACCAAUUUUAGAGAGUCAUGAACUUUCUUCCAUCACUUUGGAGUAUCGGAGGGAAUGCGCAAGGGACAGUGUCCUGCAGUCCCUUACCGCUGUCACUGGCACAGAUGUUGGGACUUUGGCAACUGCUGGAGACAUUGCGUGCAAUCACUUGCUUCGGUUUGAGAAUGGGGCUGAGAUUGUGAGAGGCAGAACAGAGUGGAGACCUAAAAUUGGCACCAAUGUUAGGUUUCUGAACACUAUUUCAGCUGAUCAUGGCAUUUAAGCUGCCACGCAAGAUCUCUCAGCAGAGGCCUCCUGCUACAUCUAUGGUUUGCGCAAAAUUCUGCUUUCAUUUCUCUGAUAUAUACGUCUAUAGGUAUGUUUUCUCACUCCCUCUUUGCUGAUAAACAAAAAAGAAAAAAAAAAGAAUUAAUCUCUUUGUAAUUAGCCCUUAUCUAUUAUUUUCCCCUUGUCCCAGAAGGCUACUGUAUUAUGUUUAUGUUUCUCAGCUUGAUCAGUUUCUUUGCAAUCAAUGUGUGCCCCACAGCUGGCUGAUUGAUUGUCUCAGAGCAGAUUGGAAAAUAUUUUUGUUUGGAAAUUGAUUGCAAAAAAAUUUACUUCGAGGUGUUAGAUUUGUAUAUUUUCUGUAACUUUAGUUUGGGAGUUGGAAAAAAGAAAAAAGAAGAAAUAUUUCCAUUUUUUGAACCUUCAGUUGUCGUUGUCAAUUUGAAUAUGUUGGGAUUUCUGGACUUGCUUGCCUUGAGCAGACUGGGUAAUAUUUAUCCUGUUUGGAAA